AAGUCCUCCAGUUUUUUUUAACCAAAAAAAGAAAAAAAAAUUGUCUUUUACCAUUAAACCUCUAUAUGCUAGAACCUCAGUGCAGCUUCCACGAAAGAACAUUAAGAUCAACAAAACCCAUAUUGAUGUGAGUUGAGAGUCCAAUCUAAGCCUCCAGUACACUCCAAUCCAGUUUCCAUCACCUGACCGUUAAAAUCUCUUUCUUUCUUUCUUUCUUUCUUUCUUAAUUUUCAACUUCAACAAUUUUCUCACAUCCCAAACACCCUAAUAACUCAGAAUCAAAUGGCCAAGCUCGAGCUCCGGGAGCUAGGGAACACGGGGCUGAAGCUCAGCUGCGUGGGCUUCGGGGCAUCGCCUCUCGGCAACGUUUUCGGCACAGUCUCCGAGGAAGAAGCAAAUGCCUCCGUUCGUGAAGCCUUUCGUCUCGGUAUCAACUUCUUCGACACCUCUCCAUAUUAUGGAGGGACUUUGUCAGAAAAGGUACUUGGUAAGGCGUUAAAAGCUCUAGGAGUUCCAAGAGACAAUUACAUUGUAUCCACAAAAUGUGGACGGUACGCUGAGGGUUUCGACUUCAGUGCUGAUAGAGUGACUAGGAGCAUUGACGAGAGCUUGGCAAGAUUGCAGCUGGAUUAUGUUGAUAUACUACAAUGCCAUGACAUUGAAUUUGGAUCUCUAGAUCAGGUUGUGAAUGAGACAAUUCCUGCCCUUCAGAAACUGAAGGAAGCAGGGAAAAUCCGUUUUAUUGGGAUUACUGGACUUCCAUUGGGAGUUUUUACUUAUGUACUCGAUAGGGUGCCACCUGGCGCAGUGGAUGUAAUUUUGUCAUAUUGCCACCACAGUAUUAAUGAUUCAACAUUGGAGGAUUUACUACCUUACUUAAAGAGCAAAGGUGUUGGUGUAAUUAGUGCUUCUCCACUUGCAAUGGGUCUUCUUACUGAGAGUGGUCCUCCACACUGGCACCCAGCUUCACCUGAACUCAAGUCUGCAUGUCAAGCUGCUGCUGCCUACUGUAAAGAAAAGGGGAAGAAUAUUUCUAAGUUAGCUAUGCAAUAUAGUCUGUCAAAUAAGGACGUUUCGUCUGUGCUGGUUGGAAUGAACUCCGUUAGACAGGUUGAGGAGAAUGUUGCUGCUGCUAUGGAGCUCGCAACUGCUGGGAAAGAUGAGGAAAUUCUAUUGGAGGUUGAAGCUAUCCUGAAACCUGUGAAGAAUCAAACUUGGCCAAGUGGAAUCCAACAGAGCUGACUGCUACUUUUCAUGUGGCUGAAUAACCAGCAUUGGCCUAUCAAUAACAGAUAAAUCCAAUUAGAGGCUAAUUCUAUUCUUACGAGGGCUCUAUCCAAAUGGCAGUGGGAAAAUUUAUCUACAUGGGGAUAGAUCCAAAUACUUUGUGUUAUAGGCAUGUCAUCUUAGGAUGCAUGCAUGUAUGCGUGAUAUCUCUACUUUUUCUCCAAGUAAGAAUGUAGACAUUAUUAUAUAUAUGAUUUUGGAGUCA